AUGCCUCUUUUCUCAGAUCCGGACCGCCGACUUUAUUCCGGCUGGUCUGGUGACUUCUCCCAGCAUGAUCAGUCUGCCACAGGGUCCUCUCAGCAACAUCUAUAUGAGACAGAUCGGCAAUCUGAAAGUGCACCUUUUACCAUGGAAAAUUGGCAACCACCGUCCGUAGAGGACUCUCCAACAAGACUGUGGAGCAGUGACGAACGACAGGAGCUUAUACAUCGGAUCAAAGAAUCUUCGCCCUGGAGGCUUCAAUACAAGUCGCAAAAUAGCGACAACAGUAAUGAGGUCUGUAUGUCUCAAGACUCCCUGGAGGAGGACAAAGCAGAAACCGGGGUUGAUGGAGAAUCAUCCACAUCCCCAAAGUAUACAGAAUCAAUAAACCCAACAGAGGAACUAGGAUCGCCGGCCGAUAUCCAAAGACCCCGAUCGGCGUUGCACUCGGGUGAUUUCCGUGAGGGCGCUGCAGAUGCUCUUCCGCAGUCGCCUCGACCUCGGUUUGCAGAACCCAGUCCACAUUCCCCAUUUCCUCAUUUAGGAACGUCCCCCACGACACCAUGGUUUGGGGCAUCUGCUUUUUCGCCUGCCUUAGGGCAGGCAAAUCCCUUUGCCGAACAGCAACGGCCGGAGCUCGGUUUACAAACCCGAUCUAGGGCACCAUCGCUGGGAUCAUUCUCGUCAAGCUACGUCCUCAAGGCCCCAACGAGCCCUCUCGUUCAACAAGCCAACAACACGGAUCUAGACUUUUCUCCUGUCGACCCAGUAGAAACCCCUGGACCAGCGGAUAGAGCUAACCGACGACGGACCCUACCGCCUGAAACAUUCAGACAUCUCCAAGCGCCCCCACCUAGUAUGCGCGCUGUGAACAUCCAAAACCCUUGUUCUUCUGGAGGACAUGCUGGACUUUUCCCGACCCAAGGUUCUCCUCGGCGAUCUUUGACAUCGGCAUAUAGCCUCCAAUUGGCGUCGACAACAAACAUCGCUGCUUACCGAGCGCGUAGACCGUCACUUGCGUCCGAGGUAUCUUCCAAGCCGCAUGCACCCAUGGUUGGAUCAUAUGAAGAAUCGAUCUUGCGCGGUCGAAUGUCCAUGAACCCAUCCAAACCCCUGGACUUCACUGCACAAAUAGGUGUCUUAGGGAAAGGCAAAUGCAAGGGGAAUUUAAGAUGCCCUCCGCACAUUACGGUUCCAUUCCCAGCCGUUUUCUACAGCUAUCCGACUUCAGGCAAUGGUCGAUCCAUCGCAGAUGACAGUCCGAGCCCCUAUGUGGGGCAGAUUGACUUGGAAAAUUCGCUUCCCAAGGAGAACCCCAACACGACCCGGCGUCGUAGACGGAACUAUAGCCCGGCACCAGCCCCUGAAGACGCAAACGAAGAUAAAUCCAAAGUCCCAGAACUGCUUGGUGCAGAGACCAGACGGCGCAAAGAAAAAAAAAGCCGGAGAGCAGAGUCUCCGAAGUGUCCCCCGGGCGGAUACUAUCGAAUUCCCCAGCAGGGCCAACUACAAAUCAUCAUUAAAAAUCCCCACAAGACAGCAGUUAAGUUGUUUCUGGUGCCAUAUGAUCUCAGCGACAUGGAACCCGGCACCAAGACCUUCAUUCGACAAAGAAGCUAUUCGGCUGGUCCGAUCAUUGAUAUGCCACUAAGUGCUCGAAAAAACUACGGCACCGAUCGUCCCGAGGCUUCGUUGAAUGUCACCGAAAACCCUCAAGAUAAGCCUACUCUCCGCUAUCUAAUUCACAUAAACAUCUGCAGCCCUUCGCGGGGUCGCUUCUAUAUACACUCGAGCAUUCGCGUGGUUUUCGCCAACAGAGUCCCAGACGGCAAAGAAAAACUACGAAAUGAGAUCCAACUACCCGACCCGCCCUACAGUCCAUACAAACCUACUCGAGAGCCCACCCUAUCAACAGCUAGUGCUCGAAUGGCCACCGAAAACAAUCUUCGCAGACGUAGUGCAGGCCAAGGCACUAUUCCUUUCCUUCGCCAACACGUCUCAUCACCGAGUGAUGGAGCUCUGCACUGGACAGCAGCAGAAUUAAUGGGAUUCCAGGAAAUGCCCCAGAACUUUCGGCCGGCCGAUACCGCGCUUUACAAUAAGCUCAAUAAGGGCGAUGCUGGGUAUGGAGGUCACCUUGUUUCUUCCCAGGGUACAUCGGAAACCGGCGAAAGCCUUCUUGCAAAAAGACUUCGUGGCCUCGAUGUCCACUUGCAGGAGUCGUAUGACCGUAAUUGA